AUGACUACUGAAAGAGAAACGAAAACCUUCCUUGCUCGACUUUGCGAACAAGCUGAAAGAUAUGAUGAAAUGGUUGAAUACAUGAAAGAUGUAUCAAAAUCCGGUGAUGAGCUUUCAGUUGAUGAACGUAACCUAUUAUCUGUUGCAUAUAAAAAUGUUAUUGGAACUCGUCGUGCUAGCUGGAGAAUCAUUUCAUCUAUAGAACAGAAAGAAGAAGCCAAAAACGCCACUCAUCAUGUCGAACAAAUUAAGAGUUACAGACAUAAAAUUGAGAAUGAACUUGAAGAUGUUUGUAAUGAUGUUCUCUCAGUUUUGACUACAUACCUUUUACCUAAAGCGGAAUCCAGUGAAUCGAAAGUUUUUUAUUAUAAGAUGAAAGGUGAUUAUCAUCGUUAUCUUGCUGAGUUUGCCUCUGGUGAUAAAAGAAAAGAAGCAGCUACAGCCGCUCACGAGUCUUACAAAACUGCUACAGAUAUUGCUCAAGCUAAUUUGAGCCCUACUCAUCCUAUUCGUCUUGGACUCGCCCUUAAUUUUUCUGUUUUUUACUAUGAAAUUCUUAACUCGCCUGAGCGUGCUUGUCAUCUUGCUAAGCAAGCAUUUGACGAUGCUAUUUCAGAGUUGGAUACUUUGUCUGAAGACAGCUACCGCGAUUCAACUUUAAUUAUGCAGUUACUCAGAGACAAUUUGACUCUUUGGCAAAGCGAUUUAGACAGCUUGUCUGCACAAACAGAUGCUCCCACCCCAUCUACUGAAUCAGUGGCUACUACAGAGGCUUCGGGAAAGCCUGUUGUGAAAGAUGCUGAUGGAGAUGCAGUUAUCGAAGAUUAA